UCUCCUUAGUUUAUUUUAUAAUUGAAAUGUACAUGUAGGAUAGCUGGGCCAGGGAACCAGAUGAUGGAGGCAAACCCAAUCCUGGAGAUAUGCCAGAUGAGGAGUCUUUUUCUGCUAGUUCUGAAAACACCCAAUCAGAUUCGUAUGUAUAUACAAAACCAAGAGACACGAAGCCAUAUAAUAUCAAUAUUCCCCAAAAAGGCGUCGCGUACUCCCUCCUCAUCUGGAAAAUGGUCUGGAUGUACCUAUUGACACCCUUAGUUCUUUGUCAUAUCGCCAUCCGCAACUCCAGGUCCAGUGCUCCAUCUUCGGGCAGUUAGGUGCCGAACAGCUGCGGCAGCUCAGUCCCAGGAAUAGGAUUCUGACCCAAGGCAAAUUGAACAUCGUCAUGGAAAAGCCAAUGCUGGAAGAACUGGAGGAUCCACCCUAGACUCAUCUUCCUCAGCGAAGAAAAUCCAUCGGUGGAUCUUCCGCUACCAAUGUUAAGUCCUGAGCAGGAGAUCCACUAGCUGAAGGAAAUUUGAAAAAUCCGUCCACCAUGAACAGCGCACUCCCUCAAAGUAAUUAUUGACUGUAAUUCACUUAGAAAAUUGUUGUGUCAAAGUUGUAUUUUUAAUACUAAAUUAAAAUGCUUUUUGAUUAAUGAA